AUGAAUUCUGAUUCGAGCUCUGUCUCCAGCAGAGCCUCAUCUCCAGACAUGGAUGAGAUGUACCUGAGGGACCACCACCGCCACCACCACCACCACCAAGAGAGCCGUCUCAACUCGGUCUCGUCCACCCAGGGCGACAUGGUGCAGAAGAUGCCUGGGGAAAGCCUCUCGCGGGUCGGCGCCAAGGCCGCGGGAGAGAGCAGCAAGUACAAAAUCAAGAAGCAGCUGUCGGAGCAGGACCUACAGCAGCUGCGGCUGAAGAUCAACGGACGCGAGCGCAAGCGGAUGCACGACUUGAACCUCGCCAUGGACGGGCUGCGCGAGGUCAUGCCGUACGCGCACGGGCCCUCGGUGCGCAAGCUCUCCAAGAUCGCCACGCUUCUGCUGGCCAGAAACUACAUCCUCAUGCUCACCAGCUCCCUGGAGGAGAUGAAGAGGUUGGUUGGAGAAAUCUACGGAGGCCACCACUCGGCCUUCCACUGCGGCACCGUAGGACACUCGGCCGGCCACCCGGCCCACGCGGCCAACGCCGCGGUGCACCCGGUGCACCCCAUCCUGAGCGGCGCGCUGUCGUCCGGCAACGCCUCGUCCCCGCUGUCUGCCGCCUCCCUGCCGGCCAUCGGCUCCAUUCGGCCGCCCCACUCGCUGCUCAAAGCGCCCUCCACGCCGUCCGCGCUGCAGCUGGGCGGCGGCUUCCAGCACUGGGCCGGGCUGCCCUGCCCGUGCACCAUCUGCCAGAUGCCGCCGCCGCCGCACCUGUCCGCCCUCUCCACCGCCAACAUGGCCCGGCUCUCGGCCGAGUCCAAGGACUUGCUCAAGUGAGCAGCGGCCGCCUGGGCUGCGGAGGAUGAGGGCAGAGCGGCGGGAGGGGCUCCGGGCUGGGCCGGUCAAGGGAGGCUGGGCCUCGGCCUGUGGGCUGCGGGGUCCGCGAGGCCUUGCACACUGCACCCCCGGGUGGGGGGAAAGGACCAAAACCAAACCGCAAAUUCUAGGUGGUAGCGAAGGGGACUCGGACCAGACGUCGUGUUUUGCAUGCAUGCUGCUUUUCCCCGUGUC